CCUACCCCCGAGAAGGGGCGUGGCUACAGCGGUGACCAGUUGAUGUCAAUAUUGCUAGAGCGGUUACGCGAUAGAUUCAUGAAAAGUGAUAUGAUACAUUUACUAUGCAUGCGCAAUCAGUAAAUAUUCGUUUACAAUGUAGAAGCAAACUAACUGUACCAUUCGAAAUCGCAUUCGCACAGACGAUGUAAUCUAGAGGGGUGGGUUAUGAAAUGAGUGAGGUUACGUCAGGUAAUUGUUCAGCGGGCAUCAAUUUGGCGCAGUCAACUGCGCACAGCUACUAACGAUAUCAUGUGGAUCGGUAUCUUCAGUAGUUGCUUAACCUAUUCGUAAAUCUGGUCAUUUACAGAUCUGUCUUUAUGAGCAACGUCUGGACUGAAUUGGUGACUUGUGAUACAAGUGUCUCACUGAGUUCAUGCAGAAGCAUGAUACGUGCGCUCUUUGCAAAUUGGCGAUAUACACAAUUACAUUUACGCAACCUUGUUACAAUAUUGGUCCAAACGAACACAGUUGCACUGCCAGCUGGCAGAGAGACCGGCCGCUUGUUCUUCUCCAUAAAACCAACUGACACUACAGCUAUGGAUCUGAGUGACAUGCGGAAGAAAUACAAGGGAGACGGAGAGUGUUUCGAAGAAGACCAGCUGGUUUCUCUGGAUCCAAUCAAGCAGUUUGGUAAUUGGUUUGAUGAAGCAACAAAGUGUCCUGAUAUAGGCGAGGCCAAUGCUAUGUGUGUCUCCACAUGUACAAAGGAAGGUUUUCCAUCUGCUCGUAUGUUGCUUCUGAAGGGGUUCAGUAAUGAAGGCUUCCGCUUCUUCACUAACUACGAGAGCCGAAAGGGUAGAGAACUGGAGAGCAAUCCUUUUGCUUGUCUUGUGUUUUACUGGGAGCCACUAAACAGACAGGUGCGCAUUGAGGGUUCAGUGGAGCGCAUCCCCUAUCAGAGCUCCUGUGACUACUUCCACUCCCGGCCCAAGAGCAGCCAGAUUGGUGCAGUUGUUAGCCGGCAGAGCACCAUUGUCCCAGACAGAGAGUACUUGAGACAGAAUAACAGGGAGCUGGAGGAAAAGUACAAGGACAAAGAAGUCCCCAUGCCAGACUACUGGGGUGGCUACAUUGUUAAGCCUCAGGUGAUUGAGUUUUGGCAGGGCCAGACCAACAGGCUGCACGACCGCAUCGUGUUUAAGAAGUUGAAGGACGGAGAGGUCAGCACGGGUGAGAUGAUGCACCAAGGGGAGGGGGGUUGGGUGUACUACCGGCUGUCCCCCUGAGCGCGGUCAGACGGAGGCCAGAGCCGCAGCUGGGGCCAGGGCUGGAAAGCUGUACCUUCAUCACUCUCAAUCACGCUGCCUACCAAUACGUUUUAGGACAGGGAAGUCUUUUUCAUCAUGUUAAGCCUUUUCAUCAUUUUAGGGAAACCUAGGAUUGGUCUAUAAAACGCUAAACCUCUAAUUUGUUUAGUGGCCGGAACCAAAUUGUUAUCAGUCUUAUACAAGCUGUUUAUGUGAUGUGGCUCUGAAAUGUCCAGAAAGUGUUGCCUUUGAUUUUCUUCCUUUUCUGAGAACAUUACAUGUCUUGAGAAACCUUAAGUGCCCCUGAAUUGAAUUAAAAAGGAAUUUUUAACUUGGACAGUGGUACUGUGCAAUUUCUGUUCUUUGUGCUCUAUACUCCAGCACAUUGGAUUUGAAAUGAAACGAGGACCAUGAGGUUAAAGUGCAGACUGUCACCUUUAAUUUGAGGGUAUUUUCAGCCAUAUGGGGCCUAUGUCUCUUGCCUUUUUUAUUUUUAUUACUUCCCUGCCUCGUAAGGGCUUCUUUAACUUUCAUUGCACAACUCUGACCCUCACGGUGAUAAAUGGCCAUAACAGACCCGAAAGGUAAUCAAAAGCCAAGAAUCAAAGCUAGAUAAUGGAAGCUUUCGUAUACCUUUACUAUGGAAGUUAUUGAAUACACUUGACUAAUCAGAUACAGCUGAGUGGCCAAUUGUCCAAUUACUUUUGGUACGCAUUUUAGGGAUGGAAUUCCUACACGGAUCACCCAAUAUGUAUGUAAAUACCCUUAAAUUAAUUGUGGCAGUCUGUAUUUUGACCUUGUGUUUUUGGUUUCAUUUCAAAUGCUGGAGUACAGAGCCCAAAGAAUAGAAAUUGUACCACUGCCCAAAUACUUGCAGACUGCACUGUAGAUUGUAAUUACAAUUAUUUUAUUAUUCACAUGCUGCUUAUGUACAUAUGCCCGUCAGGUGGUGCCAUCUUGAUUACCGCCAUGUUGUCCUAUUACUGAUGGGUUUUUUUUCAACAUGUGUUGGGCGUUUGAUCAUGAUCCCUUAUCAGUACAGUUCUCCGUUCUGUAUUCUUUUGUCUUUUGCCCGUUCCCCUAAUGAUGUGCUUCUAUUUCACUUUCUCACAAGCUUUAGUGUACAGCUCCCAACAAGUAAUUUUCCCUAACUUGCAGAUAUUUGCAUUUUUUAUUAGCAAUAACUGUAUGGAAAUGUUCAUGAAUUACAAUAUGUUCUUCAUUUUUUGACUUUAUCCGACACUGAAUUUUUUAAUUAGGAGUGCAACUGCUGUCCUGCAUAAGGGUGUCUGUCAAAUCAAUAGUGUAUUAAUGUAAUGUUGAUUUAUUUUGUGUCAAAUCUGCUGCAUGCCAUCAGAUAAGCCUUUAUUACAGUAUUUUUUUAUUUAUUUCUUGCUCCAGGAUAACUUUUUAAUCCACCAAUUUUAAUUUAUAAUUGUGGAUAUUCAUGGAAGGAAUUCCUGUUAAAUGCUUUUUUCACAUGUAAACAUGCAAAAUGCUUUGCUUGUGUGUACAGGUACAAUACAGAAAUAUCAAUAAUCAAUAUUUGUCUAGUCAUAUUGGCCACUUCCAAUACCUCCCUCCCUGUUUUAAGCACAAAUAGAACAAAUGCAAAGUGCAACCAGGUUUCCAUGUUAAUGGAAGAAAAGGAUGAGCACCCAUGUGAAAUUAUGAACGGAGAAUGUAGAACAUUUUAUGACAAAUAUGACAAGUUGCUCACAUUAUUAUUUAGUGCAUAUUAUUUAGAACUACCAAAUCAAUAUAACUUUGUAAGUUUAGCUUGUGAAAAUGAUAAAAGAUAAAACAUUUUUAAAAUCAGAUUAUUAUAAUUAGCAUUAUAUUUUCACUUAAUUUACAACAUCAGUGGCUCAUGACAAAACAUAGAGUACAUGCACAUUAUAAUGGCCAUAAUCCUAGUUUACGGUAUAUACAGAUAUGACUCUGGUAUUAUAGUUUAAAGAGGAGUCCCUAACUAUGUCUACACACCCACUUGAGAAUCUAAGCCAUGAUGAAGCAUAAAUGUCAAUGCUCAUAUUCUCUUGUUGUGUAUGAAAGCACCCUAAUGUCUUCGUUUAGUUUCAGUUUGUCCUGUGUUGUUAUUGUGUCUGCUUGCUGACUGGUUUAGUCUGGAACUUACCAACCACCUUACCAGUCAUUAUUUUGCUGGUGUAAACUCGGGUUCAAAGUCUUGAAUGUGUUACCAUGUUUCACUCUGAGAAUGCCAUUGUUCAAUCCUGUUUUGGCACGAAUUAGGAAUCUGUGAAAGUGCUGUGUUCACUGUUAGUUGCCCUGGAGGUCAAUUUAUAAGCAGUCCUGUACUUUAUUUCAGACCAUGCUGUGAAAUGUGUCUGUGCCAGUUCAGUAUUCAGUGUUUGUGGAUUGAUCACAGUAGGCUCCAAAACUAAAAUGGGUGACCAUGUCCUUUCAAUUAAAAUGAAAGCUAAGUUUAGUAUGGUUAAGUAUGCAGUUUUUAAAAGUGGUUGGAGUCGGGUCAACUAUGUCGCACAAUAAUUGUUUAGAGAGAAUGUGAAAGUGAGUGAGUAAGUGAGAAAAUGAGUAAGACUUUUGAUGAGAAGAUGGGUGGCAUGUCUUAAAUCAGAAUGUAAUUGUGUAGUGUAUAUACCUAAUGUCUUUUUAAUAGCUAUUUUAUGAAAAUGGUUAUAUGGUAUAUGAAUAAAACUUUUCUGUACAUUUUGUACUUUUUGUACUUUACCAGUAGGUGGCGGCAUCAUGCAAAUCAAUAGUCAUUGGGGAGUCCAACACACAGGUUCUCUCUUAUCUGAUAUUAACCCUCGCUAACAUUCUUUUACCCGACCAUACGCUUCCAGCUGAACUAGACGAAAAUCUAUGGACUCCGGCAUCCAUAGCCCUCCAGAAUUUUAUCGACCCUUUCAACCUGCAGCAGGGCAGCCAAUACAAAGCCCUCAAAAAGGUUCUCUGUUGGGGCUGCAGGUCUGUUUGUUCUGCCUCAGGACAUUAUUGACUAAAGGUGAGCUCAUUAUUUGGUUGUUCCAGGUGUAAGUCAUAAUGCAAGGCUAAUUUCAGGACUUUGCCUCCCAGAUACUGGAGCUGCCCAUCCCUGCAUUGUGGUGAAAUGCACCGGUCUUUUGUUAUUGCUUUCUGUGGACAUGUACAGUAGGUGGGCAGCUGGGCGACAUCAUGUUUGCUGUGCCUAUUGUACAGUAUACUGUUGUAAUGUGUUGUGUAGCACAGUGCUGUUUUGCUGAAACAGGUACAGGAUAAAAUAAAAAAUAUUAUAUUGCAGUCAUAUCAGUUCACUCCAAUAAUUGUAGAAGAAACGGUAUUUCAUAUUUAUCCAAUAUCUGGCAUGCAGUGAAUGUCUCAAAUGAAACUGUUAUCUUGGUAAAGUGCUGUUCAUUUCCAAUGCUGAGUAUGAAAAAAGACAAACUUAACAAAGCAACAAGAUUUCAAUAAAAUCAUGUAUUUAUUUAUAAAACACAUAAAAUUG